UUAUUUUCCUACUGGAACAAAUAGCAUUUUCUUUUUUAAAAUACUUUUCGCCAUACUUUCAAUUUUGUCCCGAAAUUUUAAGUUGAUGUCAAUACAAAAUUUAAAUACUAUCGAUCCAUUUGCUGAUGCAUCUAAUAAUAGCGAUACUGUACAAGAUUCGACAAUACAUAUACGAAUUCAGCAAAGAAACGGAAGAAAAACAUUAACGACUGUUCAAGGCAUAGCUGAAAAAUAUGAUAAAAAAAUUAUUGUUAAAGCUUGCAAAAAGGAAUUUGCAUGUAAUGGUACAAUAAUAGAUCAUCCAGAAUUUGGAGAAGUUUUGCAAUUUCAGGGUGAUCAGAGAAAAAAUGUAAGUCAGUUCUUACUUCAGGUUGGUAUAGCAACACCUGAACAUUUGAAAAUUCAUGGUUUUUAAAAAUAUUACCUUCAAGUUAUUGUUAUUUUUAUUUGAAUUCUCAUUGUUAUUUUAUAUCCCUCAAAAUAUAAAUUAUUUAUAGCAGUACACCUAAUAAACUUAAUUAAUGCUAUGAUUAUACCUGUAUUGAUAAUGUUAUAAUAAAAUUCUUACACUUA